AUGUCCAUUGCAGGAUCCAAAAAAUCAGCGACUUCUUCCUAUAUGAGCGACCAGCAUCGCCAAAAACUGAUAAUGAUCAAAGAAAGAGAAGAUUUAAAAGGCCAACUCAUUACCAAAUUCCUCGCAAAGUAUGGAAAACGCCGCCGUUUGUCUUUUAUUGAAAAAGAAGUCAACAACGUCCUCAACACUCUUCCACUUACAGAAGAAAACCUAAGAAAGCUCGACGAGCGCAUUGGGCAAGGCUCCUCAAUCGCCCCUUCUGCUUCUCGAAUUGAAAGCCAAGAAGGCAAGUCCAUCAUCUCCGGAAUAUCUGUAAGAACUGGUGCAAGUCAAGGCCGAAUGUCAGACAAACCCCCAGAAUCAGUUAAAUCGAUCUCCUAAGGACCCCCCCCCCAUUUGUCCAAUUUUCUAGUCUUUUAUCAUUUGUCCAUUUUUCUAGUUUUUUUUAUAGGAAAAAAAAAUUUUUCUAGGACCUCAUUUGUCCAAUUUUCUAGUCAAAAUUUUGAUGAGAAAAAAAAAUUUUCAGGACCUCAAUUGUCUCAUUUUCUAGUUUUUUUAAAGUAAAAAACUAGAAUUUAGGGAAUUCGAAAAAAUCCAAAAAAGACUAGAAAAUUGGACAAAUCAUUUUUGACUAGAUUUUGGGACAAAUGAGGUCCUGAAAAAAAAAAAUUUCUUAUAAAAAAAAGACUAGAAAAUUCGACAAAUGAGGGGGGGGUCCUUAUAUGUCAGGGGCUUCUCGACUUUCAGAGACCACCGCCAAAGAAAUUGACCAAAAGAGCACAGUUUCAUCAGUCUCAAAAAUUUCUAGCGAAGCCUUGCCGUCUGAUAAAGACGAAUGGGCAGUCAUUUUGGAGUAUAACCAAGCUGUCUAUAGAGAAGAAGAAAGAAAAAGGCUAGAAAGAGAAAGACAGCAGAAACUGUCACUCAAAAGGGAGCUAGACCGACAAAUUGAAGAGAAAAAACAAAAAGAAGCCCAGGAAAGGCAAGAAUUGCAGCAGUAUAUAGAAGUCCAAGCACAUAAUCUGAAUGAUUUUGAUCAAAAAGAAGCUGAAAAAGCAAGGCUGAUGAAGGAGAAAAUCCUUUAUGAGAAAUCUUUGAGGGACAAGCAGAUGAAAGAUCUGAAAAGAAUGAGGCGGCAAAGGGAAAAAGAAGAAAAAAACACUGAUGUGGCGAUGGUAAAAAGGCUUCAAGAGGAGUAUAAACAAGAGCUACAAGCCCUUAAAAAUAAAAGAAUUGAAGAAACCCACCAGAGGAAAAAAAUGCUUGAAGAAAACUUGGCAGCUAAACAGAGACAAAGAGAAAGAGAAGAAUUAGAUAGGCUUGAAGACAUUAAGCUGCAAAAAGCUCACGAGGCAAUGCUAGAAAAAAUAGAACAAGACAGGCUUGAUGAGCUGAGAAAACGUGAAGAAAGGGUCCAGACUUUUUUAAACAACAACGCAAAUGCUGUGUUGCAGCAGCAAGAUCAGAUGAAUAAAGAUGACGACAGAGCGUUGUUGCAGCAUUAUAUGGAUACCAUUGACUAUGACCAAGAUGAACAAAAUAGACUAAAAGCCAGAGAUAAAGAACAGAAAAAAGAAAUGAGAAAAAUCCUCGAAGAACAGAUGAAAAUCAAGGACGCCAAAAAAAAGAGAGAAAAAGACGUCCAGGUAAGGCAAGCCCAGGUGUGGAAAAAAGAGUAUAAUGAUUUUCUGCAGAUGGAAAAUGAGGAAAAAAUGAAGCGGGAACAGCUUGUUCAGAUGUAUAAAGACGAGCUGAAGCAGCAAAUUAAAGAAAAGAAAGAAAAGGAUCUGGCCAGAAUGGAUGUCAUUGAGAGAGCGCUUAAUAAGCCGCUACUGAAGCAGGUGAUAGAAACUACUGCUCCUAUCCCUGAAGCCAAGCUGGGGAAGCGCUAA